UCUUUUAUUGCAUGGUUGAAGGACGUGUGGUCGGUCGUCUCUGGAUUCACCGCUCUAGUUGAGUUUUGUUGUUAAGCCUAGAGAGCCUGGUCCCGCGGAGAGUUGUUGUUGUUACAUGCAGACAGAGAAAAGUAAAAAUAUUUCAGUUAAGAAGAAUAUUGGGAGAGUCCUCUGAAAGAUAUCAUCUGGUAUCAUCAUGCAAGAAGAAGAACUGACAUCUCCCCUCCAUCUAGCAGUAGAGAGAGGAGAUUUAGAUGAGGUGAUAAGGCUGGUCCAAAAUGGUUCUGAGAUUGAUGCAGAAGACAACAACGGUAAAACACCUUUAUUUUAUGCUGUAAUGUCAGAUGAGCUACAAAUUGUAAAAACACUGUUGGAAAUGGGUGCAAGUACGUCUUCCGUGGAUGAAAGCCGGAAAAAUCUCAUGCACGUAGCAGUUGAGAAGGGGAAUCUCGAUAUGAUUGAUAUAUUGUAUCAACAUAGUGCCGAGUACAGUGGUCGAGACAGAAGAGGAUCCACUGUUUUACAUGCAGCUGUAAUAACUGGCAAACCGAAAGUGUUGGAAGCAAUAUUAAAUAAAGCGGCCACCAACGGACAUAGAGGAUUCUUAAACUCGGGCAAUAAGACUGGUCAAACUGCCCUACACGUUGCUGUGAAUCUGGAUCAGAUCGAAACGAUUCAGAUGUUGUUAAAAAGUGGAAGUGAUCCAAAUAAUACUGAUUUCGGAGACAUUACUCCAUUACAUGCAGCGUUUGACAAAGAAAACCAUGUUAAUUUCGAUGUAAUCAAUAUUUUACUCGACAGUGGAGCCGACGUAAAUCUACGUGAUCAACAGGGUAUGACGCCUCUCCACGUAGCAGCCAUCCAUGGUCAUAGCGAUGGAGUUAGUUUACUUCUAAAGUCUGGAGCUGAUCCAAGCAUCAAAGACGAUAAUGGAAUGACAGCACUUCAUCAUGCUGCUAAGAAUGGUAGGGAAAGUGCAGUUAAAGUUCUAAUCUCUGGUGGAAGUGACCUAAAUUCCCGUGAUAGACGGAAUAUGACCCCAAUGCAUUUCGGAAUACGGUCUGGCAAGACAUCUGUUGUCGAAUUAUUUGUAUCUAAUGGUUCAGACUUGUCUCAUCUUCGUGAUGGGAGGAAUUAUCUACAAUUCACUCUGCACGAAAGAAAAUUGGAAGUGUUAAGAACUCUAGUAUCAUUAGUACCAAAUGUACUGACGUCAGAAGAAACAGGUGAAACCAUUGUACAUUAUGCUGCAACACUUGGUGACUGUAAAGCAUUGGAAGUUCUCGUUGCCAGUGGAAUAGACGUGAACAUUAGAGAUAGCGAAGGAGGAACAGCUCUCCAUUAUGCCACGGCGCAUGGACAGGAAGCAGUUGCUGACUGGUUGAUAAAAAAUGGCAUAGAUAUUGAUGCUAAAGAUAAGAAUGGUGUUUCUGCUUUACAUGCUGCUGUUCGUUGGGGAAAUGAACACAUUGUGCGGUUAUUAGUCAAAAGAAAAGCAAACAUAGAAAUAGCGGACAAACUAGGACGUACACCUUUACACUAUGCAGCCAGGAAACAAAAUUCUAUGAGCUAUGCCUUUACAUUAAUAAACAAAGGAGCCAAUAUGGAAGCGGAAGAUGACUUCAGAAUGACGCCACUGCAUCUUGCUGUUCGCUCUGGAAACGAAAGCUUGGUGAGAAUUCUGGUCAGCAAUGGAGCUAAAGUAGACGCUAUUGACCAAAACAAAAUGAAACCUCUUGAUCACGCCAUUGAAAAAAAAUACAUUUGUAUUUCAGAAUAUCUGGAAAAGGGCGGUAAAAUCAUUGUGAAAUGAGAUAACAUGUGCAUUAAAAGGAAACGUCUCGAAGGCA